AUGUCAAAUGAUAAUUUAUUUGAUGAUUUAGAACAAGAUAAUAAUCCUUCAUUUUAUGGUAAUACUUCAAUAUUAAAUAAUCCUUAUAAUAUACAACAAUCACAAUCAUUACCGCAAUCAUCAUCAUCAUUUAAUCAAUCAACAAUUUCACAAUCACAACCAAAAUCACAAUCACAAUCAAAUGAUAAUCUAAAUGACAACAAUCACAUUAAUAAUAAACAAUCAUCUCUAAAACAAUCAUCAAACAAUAAUCCUAAAUCUCCCACUAAUCAACAACAAAAUAAUAAAUCAAGACAAUCUUCUCCAAAUCUAAAUUCAAAUUUAGAUUUAAAUACAAAUCCUUUAAAUGAUAAUGAAUAUCCAAAUGAAUUAGUUAAUAGUACUAUUGGAUUAUCAAAUAAAAUUACUCAAUUAUUAAAUGAUGAAGAUUUACAAAUUGAUAUUAUAAAUUCUGAAAAAUUAAUAAAUUCUUCAAUAAUUGUUUAUACAAUUCAAUUAUUAUCUGAAAAAUCUGAAAAUAAAAUUGUUGUUAAAAGAAGAUAUAGUGAAUUUAAAUCUUUAAGAGAUAAUUUAUUAAAAUUAUUUCCAACUUUAAUUAUACCUCCAAUUCCUGAAAAACAUUCUAUUUUAAGUUAUUUAUUAAAUUCAAUAAAUAUUGAUAAUGAAAUUAAUAUUAUUGAAAUGAGAAAAAGAUAUUUUAAAUUAUUUUUAAAUGAUAUUAUAUUUGAUUCAAAUCCAAAAUUAAAAAAUUGUUUAUUAUUACAUAAAUUUUUUGAUCCAAAUUAUGAAUUAUGUUGGUAUAAUGCAUUAAAUGAACCCCCAAUAAGUUUUUUACCAAAUAAUUUAUUAUUAGCAAAUCCUGUAAAUCCUGCUGAUCAAAAUGGUUUAUAUUCUAUUUUACCUAUAGUUAAUGGAUUUGAUAUUAAUUCAAAAAGUGAUAAUUUAUCAAAUUUAAAAAAGAUUAAUGAUGAAUUAUUUAAAUUAAAUGAUCAAAUUAAAUUAUUUGAAUUAAAAGGUUUUGAACAAGAUUUAAAAUUUAAUAUACCACAAGAUUUAAUAAAUUUUGAAAUUAAAUUUCAUAAAAUUAUUAAAAAUUUAUCAUUUUUAAAUAAAAUUGAUUUAAAAACAACAAAAGAUUUUAAAGGUUUAAUAAAUAUUUUAAUUGAUCUUGGUGGAAAUUUAAAUAAUUUUUCUUUACAAAUUUAUAAUCAAAAAAUUAAAAAUGAUUCAAAUAUAAAUGAAUUAUCAGAAUCAAUUGAAAAAUUUGGUUCAACAUUAGAUCAAUCAUUUUUAAAUUUUGAAAAUUUUGUUUUUAAUCAAUUAAUUCCUCAAUGGCAAGAACCAAUUAAUCAAUUAAUUCAAUAUCAUCAAACUUCAUUAAAUUUAAUAAAAUUUUAUAAAUAUAAAAUUAUUCAAUUUAAAAUUUUAUAUAAAUUAAAAUUUAAUAAAUUUCAACAAUUAAUAAAUAUAAAUAAUUUAAAUGGUGGUUCUGUUGGUGGUAGUAAUAGCAAUGAUAUUGGUUCAAAUUCUAUUAAUUCUGCACCACCAAGUUUUGCAGAAGCCAAAACUCAAGAAGAAGAAGAUGCAGUAGUUAUAAAUUCUUUAGAUCAUUUAAAAGAAUUAAAUAGUCCAACUUUAAACAAUGCAUUAAAAAAUAUAUCAAUGAAAAAAAUUACUAAAAAAUCAUCAUGGUAUGGAUUAUUUGGAGGUAAUAAUCAACCAAAAAAAUUUAAUUUCCAAUUACCUGUAGAGACAGAAGAAACAACAUCAAAUUCAAGUUCAUCAGCACCACCACCACCACAUAAUAAUAAUAAUAAUCAAACAAAUUCAUUAACUUCAUCAUCCUCAACAAAUACUUUAACACCAAUUGUAUCACAAACAACAACAUUAAAAUUUAAAUUACAACAUAUAGAAAAAGAAUUAAAUAAAAUAAAUCAAUUAAUUGAAUUAUGUAAUAAUGAUAUGAUUCAAUUAACAAAAGCAUUAAUGAAUACAUUUAAUGAAUUUAUGAAAAAAUUAGAAAAAAAAUGGCUUAUUAUAAUGGUAAAUUAUAUUAAAAAUGGUAAAUUAUUAUUUGAAGAUAAUUUAAAUAAUUGGCAAAAUUUUAAAGAAUCAUUUUUAGAAAAUUCACUGGAUGAAAUUGAAAUUAAAUAG